ACGACAUUGGAUUUGCAUUGACGCGCCGCUGCUUGCCCGUCUUUUCGCGACGGGGCUGGAAGCGCCAGGGGUUGUAGCAGCUUUUGACGCCCCAAUUCUCCGUGUGCAUUCUUCAACGUUGCAAUUCAACAUCGGUGACGAUUGAGAUACCCCGGAGCAGAUCGCAUUCCUCACAAUGGCGCUCCUUCAGCACAAAUUCAUCGUCGACUAUGAUGCUCAGCGAGUCGCCUUCGAGAAUUUCCUCGAGAAGUUCAAGACCUCACCGCAGGACACCCUCACGCAUGCCAUCGGCCAGAUCAGUAUCGGCGAGGAUGAUUUAAGCGACGAGUAUGACUUCAUGGACGAGGACGACGAGGCGCACGAGCAGCGGCGGAAGCAAAGGGCUGCCCCGAAGCUGCCCACCCACAAGUAUGCCGACAUGUUGCAGAAGCUUGCAGAUCGCGCACUUGACGAGGUGCUCAUAGAGCUGGACGACAUUGUCGCAUACGAACAAGAAUACGACGAGGAACUGAAGCUGGUCGAAUCCAUCGAAGCCAACACCAAACACUAUGUUGAAGUCAUUUCCAGGGCCAUCGACAACAAGUUACCUCCCCCUACGAGAGGCGUCACCUUCAAAGAUGAUGUACUCGAUGUCAUCAUGGAGCGAAGACAGGCACGCAACCGUGAUAUGGCUCAGCAAGCCGAGGCAACGAAUAACCCGGAAAUGCUCGAGUCCACUUUCCCAGCGCAGCUGACCCGCCGUUACACACUGGUCUUCAAGCCACGAACUUCGACAGCAGACAAGCCAGUCAAGGCCCUGGCAGUACGAGAUGUGCGGGGUGAGCAUCUUGGCCACCUCAUCACGGUGCGUGGCAUCGCAACUCGCGUAUCAGAUGUCAAGCCCAUCGUCCAAGUUGGCGCCUACACCUGCGACCGAUGCGGCUGCGAGAUUUUCCAGCCAGUUGGCGACCGGCAAUACGCUCCUUUGACCAUGUGCCCAUCUGAAGAAUGCACCCAGAACCAGUCCAAAGGCCAACUUUUCCAAUCAUCUCGUGCCUCCAAGUUCCUGCCCUUCCAAGAGGUCAAGAUUCAAGAGAUGGCAGAGCAGGUCCCCAUUGGACAGAUUCCUCGUACACUAACCGUCACGUGCUAUGGCAGCGCUGUUAGACAGGUGAAUCCUGGCGAUGUCGUCGAUAUAUCUGGUAUCUUUCUGCCAACCCCUUACACGGGCUUCAAGGCGAUGCGAGCUGGGCUUCUGACGGAUACCUACGUGGAGGCACACCACAUUCUCCAGCACAAGAAGGCAUACGACGAGAUGACUGUCGACGAUGAACUGCUACGCCGGAUCGAGAAGUUCAGUCAGUCGGGCAGUGUCUACGAAAUGUUGGCCAAGUCUAUCGCUCCUGAAAUCUUCGGACAUCUUGACGUGAAGAAGGCUCUCCUACUUCUGCUGGUGGGUGGUGUCACCAAGGAGAUGGGCGAUGGAAUGAGGAUCCGUGGCGAUAUCAAUAUCUGUUUGAUGGGUGACCCCGGUGUUGCCAAAUCUCAACUGCUGAAGUACAUCUCCAAGGUUGCCCCCCGGGGCGUGUACACUUCUGGUCGUGGUUCCAGUGGAGUCGGUCUUACCGCAGCCGUGAUGCGAGAUCCAGUAACCGACGAGAUGGUCCUAGAAGGCGGAGCCCUUGUCCUUGCUGACAACGGUAUCUGCUGUAUCGAUGAAUUUGACAAGAUGGACGACAAUGACCGAACCGCCAUCCACGAAGUAAUGGAACAACAGACCAUCUCCAUCUCCAAGGCCGGCAUUUCCACCACUCUCAACGCACGCACAUCUAUCCUUGCAGCGGCUAACCCCAUCUACGGGCGGUACAACCCGCGCAUCUCCCCCGUGGAGAACAUCAACUUGCCAGCCGCCCUUCUCUCCCGUUUCGAUGUACUUUUCUUGCUCCUUGACACCCCUACCCGCGACUCCGAUGCCCAGCUGGCCAAGCACGUCGCUUAUGUGCACAUGCACAGCAGGCACCCAGAUCUCUACGCCAACAACGGUGCCACUUCUGCCGAUGGCGAAGCACAGAACGUUGUCUUCACUCCCCACGAAGUACGAGCAUACGUGGCCAAGGCCCGCACAUACCGUCCCACUGUACCGCAUAGUGUCACUGAGUACCUCACCAAGACGUACGUGCGGUUGCGCAAAGCCCAGAAGACGGCCGAAUCCAAGGGCCAGCAGUUCGCGCACACGACGCCCCGUACCCUUCUCGGUGUAGUCCGUCUGGCACAAGCUUUGGCUCGCUUGCGUUUCGCUGACGUCGUGUCGCAAGACGACGUUGAUGAGGCACUGCGGCUCGUGGAGGCUAGUAAGGAAAGUCUGGCAGCCCACGAAGGCCCGCGCCGCCGCGGCCGUGAUGCCAACACCCGGAUCAUGGAGCUGGUGAAGACGCUGCUCGAUACUGGUGCUUGCAGGCCCGACGAUGAAGAUGCGGACGAAGAGGACGGCACUGUGGAGUUGAGCAUGCGCAAGGUGCGCGAACGUGUCUUGGCCAAGGGAUUCACUGAGGAUCAGUGGACGGGUGCUUUGGAUGAGUACACGAAUCUUGAUGUUUGGCAAACUGCCGGUAAUGGCACGAGACUUGUGUUUAUCAACGCUGGCAACGGGGAUGAUGAUGACAUGGAAUAAUGGUUUCGAAAUAGAAUGAGAUACGGCGUGGAGUUGACAUGGGUUGAGUCUUUUGUAGCAAUAUUUCAACAUGCCAUGGCGUUAUGGAUAUCGGCUACGGUCGAGAAGAAGUUCGGUUGUUUGUUUGCACAGGUCUUUUGAUAGAUCAGGAACGCAAAUAAAGCUCGGCACAUGUUCAAAACAUAGCUCAGAUGAUCAAGCCCAAUGAGUGACUGGGGUACUCGAUUCUGAGAGUACAUGUCGUUUUAGCUAAUAACCGAGCCUUCAUGUUAUACUUCAACUGCGGUGGUUGGUGGCUAUGAGAUUGGAAGAGAGUAUGAUUGGG